AUGAUAAGGUACUACCAGAGUGUUUACGACUUGGCCGAAAAUAUUGGCUUGCGUUACCCAGAUGGUCUCACUCCUGAGGAAGCAUUGAACCACAUCACAGACACGGCAAAGUCCCUGGCAGACGUGGCCACCCUGGUGGUGAGAACAUUGUACCUACAGGCGGGAGGCAAUGGCAGCCUGGAGAACAUCACGGCCGACCCACAAACAGUGACCCGGAUGUUAUAUGGAUUUAUAAUCAAUUGGAAUAAUUCCUGGUUCCAGUCGAUCAUCAGCCAGGACCAGAAAGAGCAUUUUGAGAAGCAGGACCACAUCUCCUACUACGUCUCAGUGAAUGAGCCCACCUUCUCGACCAGGCUGGUGCACUUCGUCCUCACCAACCUUACCGGGUACCUCACCAACUUCACCGAGGAGGAGUGCCGGCACACUGAUCCCAAAUCCGAGUUGUUCGAUUACGUCUGGGUGCAGGGCUGGCGGGCAGAGAACGCGAGUGACCCCACCCCACGCUGUGUGCGCACCCACGUCUGGCUGAAACGAGCCCGCUCCCCGGCCUUUGAGCUGCAUGACUGGGCUUCCACUGAGUACUCCACCUGGACGGAGAGCCGCUGGCAGAAGAUUGGUGCCCGCAUCUUCCUGGUGGCCAGCCGGGAGCUGGAGAUCAUCACGCUGGUGACCGGGGUUGCUGUGCUCCUCGUCUCAAUGGUCCUCAUCUACUUCCUCAACGCCAAGUCCAACGUGCUCUUCUCCGGACCCCGGGAGCAGAGCUCGGUCACUUACUGAUCGAGGGCAGUGAGGGGAACAGACAGAAUAGUGAGGAGGGAGUUAUUGUAAUGGUGGGUGGAUGAGGGAGAGCGUGGGUGUGUUUGUGUGCGUGUGUGUUCAGAGAGGGAGAGAAUGGUGAGGAGGGAGUUAUUGUAAUGGUGGGGGAGUGGGUGGGUGUAUGAGGGGGAGCGUGGGUGUG